UGGCGGUAAUGCACCAAUAAGAUGGAUGCCAACCGCCAUAAAACCAGAAGAAGAAGAACUUUUGGUUAGGAAACAUGUUUGUGUAACGUUACAGCAUUGGACUAAGCCUCAUAUUUUACUGCAGCACUGCAUUAGCUAACCGCUAGACUUCAAAAUGUUACUGUCUUCAGUACGGACAGCCAUCUUUUGCAGUUGCAAAAGUGCUGGAAAGGGACUUCAACACAGCAGCCGGAGUCCACAGCUACGACACUGGCUUGUGAAGAGAGGUCAGAGCACCAUCACAGCAGAGGCGGGGGCCUCCUCUGCAGCUACUGUCCAAAACGCUGCCACAAACCGCAUAUUGGGUCGCUGGUUACUUGGCUGCAGCGGGCUGGUGGUUGGGGCGGUUGUCUUGGGUGGUGUCACAAGGCUAACAGAAUCUGGGCUUUCUAUGGUGGACUGGCAUCUGGUGAGAGAGAUGAGGCCGCCUCAGUCGCAAGUAGAGUGGGAGGCGGAGUUUUCCAAGUACCAACAGUUUCCUGAAUUCAAAGUAAUGAACCAUGACAUGACUCUGCCAGAGUUUAAGUUUAUCUUCUACAUGGAGUGGGGUCAUCGUAUGUGGGGAAGGCUGGUUGGACUUGCGUACAUCCUCCCCACCGCUUACUUCUGGAGGAAAGGAUACUUCUCUCGCUCCAUGAAGGGAAAAGUGCUUGGGCUUUGCGGAUUUGUCUUCUUCCAGGGCCUUCUGGGGUGGUACAUGGUAAAAAGCGGUCUGGAGGAGAAGCCUGAGUCUCAUGACAUCCCGCGGGUCAGCCAGUAUCGCCUGAGUGCUCACCUUGGUUCUGCCUUGUUGCUUUACUGCGCCAGUCUCUGGACAGGACUCACUCUGCUGCUGCCUGCACACAAGCUGGUAGAAACCAAUCGUCUCAUGCAGCUUAGGAGGUUUGCCAAGGGUACGGGUGGACUCGUCUUCCUUACUGCUCUUUCAGGUGCCUUUGUUGCCGGUUUGGAUGCUGGGCUGGUGUAUAACUCCUUCCCUAAAAUGGGAGAUCGGUGGAUCCCAGAUGAUCUGCUGGCUUUCUCUCCAACCCUCAAGAACGUCUUUGAAAAUCCCACGACGGUGCAGUUCGACCACAGAAUUUUGGCGAUCUCUUCUUUGACCGCAAUUACAGGCCUGUAUCUGUUCUCCCGGAGGAUGAUGCUGCCCAGGAGGGCUAAGAUGGCCAUCAGCCUCCUCGCGGCAAUGGCCUAUGGACAGGUUGCCCUCGGUAUCAGCACCCUGUUACUGUAUGUCCCCACUCCACUGGCAGCAACGCACCAGUCUGGAUCAGUAGCCCUUCUCUCACUGGCCAUUUGGGUACUGACAGAGCUCCGCAAGAUGCCCAAGUAAAAGCCCGCUGCUUUAUGGACGGAAGCAAUCCCCACUAGCCACAACUCGAGCCUCUACGAGCAGUGACCUUAUGAACAAGGCCUUCAGAGAGAAAACAAAAGCGUUGAAAAUGUAGAAAUGUUUUAUUUAACGCUGGACUAUUAUGCAUAAUUAGGCUGAAGCAUCUCUCCUGUGGAGCUGCAAUGUAGUCCUCAUGUGGUGACAUUGAAUUAUUUUGGUUGUGGUUGCUCACCUAUUGCCUUCUCUGGUCAUACACUGCCUGUUAGUUGAAUCAGAUGUGGCUGUUGGGAUUAUGUGUAAAAUAAUGUAUAUUUAAGUUAUGAACCAUUUCUUGUUGAUGUGAUGAUGAAUAAUAAGGUAAAAAUAUGUAAAUUUUGAUUGUUGCUUUGUACUCUAUAUUUGGAAGUGUAAGGCUAAGAACACUUAUUUUAAUAAAGACAAUUAUCUACCCUCA